AUGCUCAAUUCCUCGCAGCUGCGUCUCGCCGCCGAAGAACUAGAUGAAGAACACCUGGAACCACCGCCCCUGUACCCGCCUUGGCAGUGUCCUGUGCCGCCUUUGGAGAUCUCGCAAGAGGACACACAUCUGACCUCGGCCCUUGUUCAGCAGCCCAGAAAGUUCUACAAGUCCGGUUUCAACGUUCCUCCACCCAAGAAGCCGCGAAUCGAUCAUUACUGUUUCAAAGUCGUCCCUAUGCCGCCUCCUCGCGUCCACUAUGAUUCCUCGUACUUUCCGGACGAACUGAAGGUUUCUAAAAUGGCGAAAAAGACCAAGAGGUCAUCUCAAACCUCUGUCGCUCAAGUAAACAUUGAGCAAGAGCUGCUGGCGCUGCAGGCUCGUAGAAAGGACGAGACAGCAUGUGGCAGUGAUGAUGAAGGGGAAGAAGAAUCCACCGAAAAGAGCAGCGAAAGCGGAAUUGGAGAUGAGGAGAAAGGCGAGUCAGAUGAGGAAGAGAUGGAAGAGGCCACCGACUAUGUGCAUAAUUAUUACGACGAUUUUGAAGACGAUGGCGCCUUCAGUGAGGAUAACUUCGAUGAUGCCGCCUUCUUCUGA